AUGGCCUACAAGUUCUACAACUACGACCCCUCCAAGGCCGCGGCCAUCCCCUUCGCCGCGCUCUUCGCCCUCGCGACAAUUAUCCACAUCUGGCAAACAAUCCGCCACCGAACAUGGUACAUGACGCCGUUCAUCAUCGGAGGAAUCUUCGAAGCAAUCGGCUACCUCUGCCGCCUUAUCAGCGCAUCCCAAACCCCAAACUGGACUAUGUACCCCUACAUCGGGCAGAGCCUGCUCAUCCUCCUCGGACCCGCCCUCUUCGCCGCCUCAAUCUACAUGCUCCUCGGCCGCAUCAUCCGCACCCUGAACGCCGGCUCGAUUUCGCCCAUCCGUCCAACCUGGCUGACCAAGAUCUUUGUCACCGGCGACGUCCUCUCUUUCCUCCUUCAAAGCGGCGGCGGAGGUAUGCAGGCGAAGGCUGAAACGGCCGAUGCAGCGCGCAUGGGCGAGAAGAUGAUACUCGGCGGACUCUUCGUGCAGAUUCUCUUCUUUGGGAUUUUCAUCGUUGUCUCGAUUAUCUUUCAUCGGCGGAUGCUUGCUACCCCUAUGCAUCGCCUUGGUACGGAUGUGCCCUGGGCGAAGUACCUGAAGAUCCUGUAUGCCGUUAGCAUGCUGAUUAUGGUGCGGUCGCUUUUUCGUGUUGCGGAGUAUGUCCAGGGGAAGGAGGGGAGCUUGCAGAGUAACGAGGUGUAUAUCUAUGUGCUUGAUGCGGCGCUGAUGUUGAUUUGCUGUGUUGUGUUGAAUGUGUGGCAUCCUGCGCAUGUUGUGAGUGGGAAGGUGCCGUAUGCGCAGGCGCGGGCGCAGGAGCAGGAUAUGGAGAUGCUUGGGGGUGAGAGGGGGAGGGGUUUUUAG